AUGAUGAGUGCUCGCUGUAUGAAGUUGUUGAAGUUACCUAUGAGGCAAGAAAAUUCAGAGGAUUUAGCUGUGAACCAAUGUAUGAGAGAACGUAUUCCAUUAGCUCAGAUGCAAUCUCUGCCCAGCCCGUCAGGUACUCUAGUAGCUCAGCAGGAUAUUUUGUCAUCUCUGCCCGGUCCGUCAGGUACUGCCGUAGCUCACCAAGAUAUUUUGCAAUCUCUGCCCGACCCGUCAAGUAAUCGAGCUUAUAGUUCUGAUGACGAUGUGCAGGAUUGUAAUUGGUUACCUGCUGGUACACACGAUGAACACGUGUCAUCAUCGUCAUCUAGCAAGACAUCUACCCCUAGAAGUAUUGGAAGUAUUGCUGUCCCAGCAUUGGUUUCUCAAACACAGGAUAACGUUAGAAGAAAAAGGAAGCGUUGUGUCGGUAUGAUGCAAAAAAAACUCCGUAAAGAAAGAACAGAAAAAAUUAAAAAGGGGGAAGAAUACAUAAAUCAAGCUGGGAAAAAAAUAUUGGAUACAUGUCCCGGGAAAACCCGCAACAAAACUUUACCUGUUGUAUAUAACUACAUACUUACGCAGAAAGUUGGUUUGAAGACUAUAGAUCAUAAAUUCCUAGUUCCUGGUCACACACAUUUAGAGUGUGAUGCUGACCAUGCCUCAAUCGAGCGAGCCAAGAAGAAAUAUAAUGGAAGAAUUUCAAUUCCAAAUGACUGGUACAUGCUAGUGAGUAUGGUCAGCAGUGAAACCAUUGAGGAAACAAGCACAGUGGGGAAAAGUGGAUUAGAAGGAGUAUUGAAGAGAGAAUUAGAGAAGGAACUAGUAAUGAAGGGUCAAGUGGAGCAGGAAUAG